GUCAACAUGAGUGAGAGGGAUCAACAGAAUACUAAGACCAAUAACCAACGACCAACAACAACCAACAACAAAGGUCAACAUGAGUGAGAGGGAUCAACAGAAUACUAAGACCAAUAACUAACGACGAACAACGACCAACAACAAAGGUCAACAUGAGUGAGAAGGAUCCACGAAGAACAAUAAUGAUAACCAACGACCAACAAUAACCAACAGCAAAGGUCAACAUGAGUGAGAAGGAUGCACAAGUAACAGUAAUUCACAACGACCAGCAACAUAGUUCAACCUUGGUGUAAGUCAAUGAUCAACACUAGCAUAAAUUAACUACUGCAGCCAACCAAGAACAGAAGUCAAAAUCAUCAUCAAUUAAAAUCAACCACCUUUCUGAUCAGUGGUGUAGAUGCAAAUUAAGUUACCGGUUGCUGAACAGCACAUCCGUGGGAUGUAUUCAGAAAAUUUUCCGACGCUUAAACAAGUCAAGAAUCGGAGAAAACAAGCAGUUAAAUAUCAAUGCAUCAGCUACCACCAACAACGAGAGAUGUCAAUCUACUUCAACAAUUCACAAUGACAACUACUAUUGACCAAUAACGGAAGUCAAAACACGUCACUGUUAACCAAAGACCUUUCAGUGCCCAAUAUUGUUGUUAGUAUAGUAAAGCUGUAUCAAGAAUGAAAAAAGAGGCGGGGAGUGGGUUACUCACAGUAUUGGAUUUUGAAUUGAAGAAAAUAAAUUUG